AUGGCAAGAACAAAGCAAACAGCUAGAAAGUCCACAGGUGGUAAGGCCCCAAGAAAGCAACUUGCUUCGAAGGCCGCCAGAAAAUCGGCACCAGUCAGUGGUGGUGUUAAGAAGCCACACAGAUAUAAGCCAGGUACCGUUGCUUUAAGAGAAAUCAGAAGAUUCCAAAAGUCUACUGAAUUAUUGAUUAGAAAGUUACCAUUCCAAAGAUUGGUUAGAGAAAUUGCUCAAGAUUUCAAGUCUGAUUUGAGAUUCCAAUCGUCGGCUAUCGGUGCAUUGCAAGAAGCAGUGGAAGCUUACUUGGUUUCGUUAUUCGAAGACACCAACUUGUGUGCUAUCCACGCCAAGAGAGUCACCAUUCAAAAGAAGGAUAUUCAAUUAGCUAGAAGAUUGAGAGGUGAAAGAUCGUAG